UUCAGGGUCCGAUUGGCUGAGAGCCGGAUCCCUAACCCCGAGGAGGAGGAGGAGGGCGGCUGAGCCGAGAGUUGAAAGUUUAAGUGGGCAGCGCGCGGUGAUGAUGUAAUGGCUUUGUGCGCUGGGAGGCCGGGGGGCAGCAAUAGCAGGAGCUUUCUGGGCUUUUUCGCUACCGCUCACCGCAUUGGGGCUGCCGCCGCCGGCUCCCAGCUAGACCCGCCUUCUCCUCUCUUCCCGAGUGAGUAGCUGGUUCCCUCUUCCGAUCCGCGAACCAGCGGUUAUCCCUAUCUGCAUCGCUGGGGUAACUCUUGGUUCCUCUUUUCCCGCCACCUCACAUUCUCUCCGUGACUCUUUUCCUUUUUUAAAAAGCAACAUAAAAAAGGUACAUAACUAAAACCUAUUUUAUGAAACGGACAUUUGGUCAAGUAUAUCUUUUUGAUGCCUGGUAUCUAAACUCCCAACUAUGCCAGCAGCUACAGUAGAUCACAGCCAAAGAAUUUGUGAAGUUUGGGCUUGCAACCUGGAUGAAGAGAUGAAGAAAAUUCGUCAAGUUAUUUGGAAGUUUAACUAUGUUGCCAUGGACACAGAGUUUCCAGGUGUAGUUGCACGGCCUAUUGGAGAAUUCAGAAGUAAUGCAGACUAUCAGUAUCAACUACUCCGCUGUAAUGUAGACUUACUAAAGAUAAUUCAAUUAGGGUUGACGUUCAUGAAUGAACAAGGCGAAUACCCUCCAGGAACUUCAACGUGGCAAUUUAAUUUUAAAUUUAAUUUAACAGAGGAUAUGUAUGCCCAGGAUUCCAUAGAGCUACUAACAACAUCUGGAAUUCAGUUCAAAAAACAUGAGGAAGAAGGAAUUGAGACUCAGUACUUCGCUGAACUUCUUAUGACAUCAGGUGUAGUGCUAUGUGAAGGAGUCAAGUGGCUUUCAUUUCAUAGUGGCUAUGACUUUGGCUAUCUGAUCAAGAUCUUGACAAAUUCCAAUUUACCUGAAGAAGAACUGGACUUCUUUGAGAUUCUGAGAUUGUUUUUCCCUGUCAUUUAUGAUGUGAAGUACCUUAUGAAGAGUUGCAAAAAUCUUAAGGGUGGAUUGCAAGAAGUUGCCGAGCAGUUAGAGUUGGAGAGGAUAGGACCACAGCAUCAAGCAGGAUCUGAUUCUCUACUAACAGGCAUGGCCUUCUUCAAAAUGCGAGAGAUGUUCUUCGAAGAUCACAUCGAUGAUGCAAAGUACUGCGGUCACCUGUAUGGUCUUGGUUCUGGUUCAUCGUAUGUACAGAAUGGGACAGGAAAUGCAUAUGAAGAAGAAGCCAACAAGCAAUCUUGACAUGAAAUGGAAACCCACUUUUUCUGAGCUCCACAUGCUUGUACAUAGGUUUUAUCUCUGGUUGAAUCCCUUGGACAAUAAGGUGUUCUUUUCCCCUCAGCACACUUCGUUUUCUGCCUUUGUAUGUACUAAACCUGACUGUUCCUAUCCCAGUUUUUUGACCUUAAUGUGUAGGCAUAUCUGGGUUAAAUGUGGCCUUGUACCUCGCCAAUCUGUACGUAAACACAUGUAGGAGCAGUGUGGCAGAUAGAAGAAAGCUAAAAUGGUAAUGAAAUUUCUGGUAAACUUUAAUUGGUCUUAGUAUUGGUUUAUUAUCUCUCUUUGCAUUUCCCCAAACAGAACUAGCACUGACUGUAACUAAUUUUCCCGUUUCUUUAUCGCAGUGCACAGGAGUUUUAGCUAUUCAAGAUUGUGGACCAUCACAUUUGCACUUUAGAAGAGUGACUCUGAGUCAGAUCCUCUGUUUUAUCUGAAAUUCUGCCCCCUUUCCUGGCUUAGACGAAAUGUUUAUCCGCCAAGAUAGCAACCUCAUGGUUGUAUACCCCAUGUUUCAAAUUCAUUAGGAAAAAAAACAUUCAUGACAUAAUCGGUUCAAAACUACUGAAAUCUUAGCAGCUGCUCUUAUCUCUAAACUGGUGUUGAGUCUUCCAAGUGUGUCCUGCACACAUCAGCUUAUAAUUGACUUGCCAGUUUCACACUGCUCUGUGAUGAAAAUAACUCAGUUGUGCCAUGGGAAAUCUCUGUGUACUACCCUGAAUUGAGAAGCACUUGCCUGGUGCCUAAUCUGUGCUCUGUUCAAUUCAAUGGGGUGUGUUUUGGAGACGUUCCUUAUAGAUUGCCUCCUGUAUAACAAGUGUUACAGCUGUCAGGGACAACUGUGUCCUUUUUUUUGCUUUUGUGGCUGAAUGGCAUAAUUGAAAGCAUGGAAACUGUAGUUAGAUUUAACAGCACACAUUCAUUGUAGAUCCAGUUUUUUACUCCUAUUCCAUCCAACAAGCUAUGCCCUAAAAAUACUUUGUAUUUUAAAACCUUAUUUAUUUUCUACUUGAAUAGAUGAACACAGGUCCAUAUAAGGAUGAGAUCCAAAGAUUUGAAGUCAACUUGAUAAUGAUGUAAAUAAAAAGGUGUGUCCUUUUCGUAGCUGCUACAAAAGGCAUUUGUUGUAAAACAACAAAUCUGUAUGUAUGUAAUAAAGUUACCUGAGGCUUGUAAGGCUAGCUUAUUUUUUGACUCUUAUCUUAGCAAUAUAUUUUAUGAAUACAUUGUUUUAUUAAAGGACCACAAAGUACUUUCUUAACCAUGCAGAGCAUGCUCAUACAAAGCAGUUGUGCAGGAAGACUUUAUUUGGUAUUGAAUAACUAAACCCCAGCCUGAAACGAUGGAGUGCCUGUGGCAGCAUUUUGUGUGUGUUACCUACACUGAAAAUCAGAGUAAAUCUUAAUGUUCAGCAAAGUGAUCUGUUUACCAUGUACUUUAACCUGUUUGCCUUUUUUCCUCAUUAAGUUACAAUGAUGUAACUGGAUGGUCCUUUUUAAAGAAAAAUAGCAGACAUUUGCAUAAGAGGUUAUUUGUUUUUAAAAGCUUUUGUAAAUAAAGGCUUCAAAAAUGUUUUCUUACACA